AUGUCUCGACGUGGGACUAUUCGGGAUAUCGUCAUUACACCAGUGGCAUUUCAUGACAUGCCACUGCUAAAUAGCGUUGGUGUACAUGAGCCAUUUGCACUACGCAGCAUCAUCGAAGUUAUCACAGAUGACGGUUACGGAUUGGGGGAAUCGUACGGAGACUCAACACACCUGGGCCGUCUCCAACUUGCGGCCGACAAAAUUAAGGGCCUCACUGUGUACGAAACAAACUCCAUAUACCAGCUAUGCGUCGAGUCCUUGACAGGCGACACCAGCACAGGCGGCGACGGAAUGGCAGGCAUGGUGACUACUGCCUCCGUUGCGGACAAGGUUUUCUCCCCAUUUGAAGUUGCGUGUCUCGACAUCCAGGGUAAGCUUGCAGGAGUACCUGUGAGCGACCUUCUCGGCGGCCGCGUUAGAGACAACGUCCAGUAUUCGGCCUACCUCUUUUACAAGUGGUCGGGACACCCUGGACAGCCAGACGACGAAUACGGCGCGGCUCUUGACCCUGCUGGUGUGGUAAAGCAGGCGAAAAAAAUCAUUGACGAGUACGGUUUCAAAGCGAUCAAGUUGAAAGGCGGCGUCUACCCACCCGCACAAGAGGUGGAAGCAAUCAAAACAUUGCAUGCGGCUUUUCCGGGUGUGCCUCUUAGACUCGACCCCAAUGCCGCCUGGACUGUCGAGACCUCAAAAUGGGUUGCGAAGGAACUCGAAGGGAUCGUCGAAUACCUGGAAGACCCGGCCCCAGAAAUCGAAGGCAUGGCUGCUGUUGCGAAAGCAGCGUCGAUGCCGUUGGCGACAAACAUGGCCGUAGUCGCAUUUUCUCACUUGCCCACAUCAAUUCUGCAGAACGCAGUCCAAGUGGUGCUCUCUGAUCAUCACUUCUGGGGUGGCCUGCGCAAGUCUCAGACUCUGGCCGCCAUCUGCGCGACUUGGGGAAUGCGUCUUUCGAUGCACUCGAAUAGCCAUCUGGGCAUAUCACUUGCGGCCAUGACUCAUCUUGCGUCGGCUACUCCAAAUUUGGACUAUGCUUGCGAUACUCAUUGGCCAUGGAAACCACGGGAUGAGGAUGUCGUCGUUGAUGGGGUACUCAAGUGGUCUGAUGGUGGUUUGAACGUUCCGACCGCGCCUGGCUUGGGAGUUGAGCUAGACAGGAAGAAGUUGGCGCAUCUUCAUCAACUCUACCUGGAUUGUGGGCUGCGGAAACGCGAUGACACAACGUAUAUGAGAAAAUUCCACCCUGAAUUUUCUCCAAACGUUCCAAAAUGGUAG